GAUAAAAUGAAUUAUGUUAGUGAAUAAUUAAAAAUAUAACGAUUUAUUGUAGUGUAUAGUACUUAUAAGACGCUACGCAUAAACGAGGACACGCUUGGAAUUGGUCAAGAGAAAAGAAAAGUUACAAGUCAUAACUAUGCCGGCAAUUGGUAUCGAUUUAGGAACAACGUAUUCGUGUGUUGCAGUUGUGAAAAAUGGAAAGGUCGAAAUCAUUGCCAAUGAUCGUGGAAACCGCGUAACACCUUCUAUUGUCUCAUUUACGGAAUCCCAAAGGCUAAUAGGAGAUCCAGCCAAAGAUGGCGCAUCACAAAAUUACAAAAACACAAUUUACCAAGCAAAACGUCUAAUCGGACGUCAAUACAGCGAUGAUACUGUUCAGUCAGACAUCAAGCACUGGCCCUUCGAUGUUAUCGACAAAGCUGGCAAACCUUAUUUUCAGGUACAACACAAGAAUGAGACAAAAAUGUUUUGUUCAGAAGAAAUUGGGUCAAUGGUUCUCACUUCCAUGCGUGAAACUGCCGAAGCCUUUAUUGGACAAAAAAUCGAGGAAGCUGUGAUAACCGUACCUGCAUAUUUUAACGAUGCACAACGGAAAGCAACAAAAGAUGCCGGGGAGAUCGCAGGCCUCAAAGUUUUGGAAUUAAUAAAUGAACCAACUGCUGCUGCCAUUGCUUAUGGUCUUGAUCAACUGAGCGAAGAUAUGAGAACAAUUCUUAUAUUUGAUUUGGGAGGCGGAACAUUCGAUGUGACAGUGGCAACUAUUAAAGAUCGCGUAAUUGAUGUGAUUGCAACAGGAGGAAACACGCAUUUGGGAGGAGAAGACUUUGACAACAGAAUGGCGGAACAUUUGUCCGCUAUAUUUUUAAAGAAACAUGGAAUUCCAAUUUAUUCCAACACAAGAGCAAUGAGUAAGCUGCGUCGAGCGUGCGAGCACUCCAAGAGAACUUUAUCCAGCGCUACGCAUGAUACUGUUGUUGUUGAAGCUAUUGCAGAAGGAAUAGAUUUUAGUGCACCCAUCACUCGAGCAAAAUUUGACGAUUUAAACAGCGAUCUUUUCGAUCAAACAAUUGAGGUGGUAGAAGAAACUCUAAAUGACGCAAAAUUACGCGCUGACCAAAUUGAUGAAGUUGUCCUAGUUGGUGGUUCAACGCGAAUACCGAGAAUUCGCGAACUCUUGGAAGAACUGUUCGAAGGAAAAGAACUCAGACGAACAAUAAAUCCUGACGAAGCUGUUGCUCAUGGCGCAGCAGCGUACGCUUCUAAUUUGUGCAAGGAUGUAUCAGAAGGGAUUGAGCAAUUCACCAUAAGGGAUGUGGCUCCGUUAUCUUUGGGCAUGGAAUCAGACGGUAGAGAUAUGGUGACUUUUAUACCACGAAAUACAAAAAUACCUACACGCGUGUACCAAGAAAAUUGGACCACGACAAGGGACAAUCAAACAUCUAUACUUUUCAAGGUAUUUGAAGGUGAACGUGCUGCAACAAAAAACAAUAACCUUCUUGGUAGUUUCAUUAUUAGCCGCAUUCCCCCAGAGCAGCGGGGUGUUCCAAACUUUUCUAUCAGCUUUGACAUUGACGCAAGUGGAAUAUUAACUGUUCACGCAUAUCAGCGAAGCACUGGUCUUCAGAAUAGUAUUACUAUUGAAAACGACCAAGGGAGGCUAGACGCCAGCAUGAUUAGUCGUAUGAAAGCUGAAGCUGAAGUAUUUGAAAAAGCAGAUCAAGAAUGGAAAGCUCAAAGUCAAGCCAGGCACAAACUUGAGGAUUACAUUUAUACCAUUAAAAAAUCCAUUCGUCGCCCAUUUUUCAAAGUUGGAACAUUGGAAGAAGACAGAGAGAAAAUGAUGAACAAAUGCAGUGACUUACUUGACUGGUUGGAAAUCCAUACGAACGCCGGGAAGGAUGAAAUAGAAGCAUGGCACAAAGACAUAAAAAAAGAAUUCGAUAAAUACCAGCAUCCAUAAAACCUUUCUGUGAACAUUUCAUUAACAGCACCUUCAAUUUUUAGAAUUUAAAUCAUGUCAUUUUGGAUCUCUUCCUAUAGGUUGACUACUCGUAUUAUCAUCAUAUCUGAACAUUAUGCCGGAAAAUAUAUGUAAAUAAAACGGCUAAAAUUAACAAACUUGAGUUAAUAAUACUUGGUCUGCAUUACUCAGACACAUAUAAUGUCAAUGGUUUCGUUUUAAUACGUAAAUGUGCUUCUAAAACAAAUGGAAGACACAAAAACAUAUGUAUAUAUAUUAUGAUUUGUUUAAUUCAAUAUUAUAAUUUUUGAUUUUAUCAUAAAGCAUCAUCCUCUCCACUAUCAUUGGAUUUUGCGGUAUACUUGAAGUAUGAAUACCAGGAUUGCUGACACCGGAACGUAGUUUGUGUACCAGAUUAGGGUUAAGCCAUAAUUUGAUGUACAAAUACUACGGGAGUCACUUGGCUAGUCACCGAACUCGUAAUAGAACUAAAAUAAGGAAAAAUGGAAUAAAAUUAUGGCCUAACCAUAACCCGGUACAUAAUACGUUCCGGUGUCGCCAUCUUGGUAUGCAUACUUCAGGAGUACCUUUUAUGCUUUUGUGUGUAUAUAAAUAUUGGGCAUUAGAGCUUCUAUGUGUCAAUCUAAAUUUGAUGUGCUUAUUCGACUAUUACUUGAAUCUUAAAUAUUUAACUGGAGUGUGUAAAUUAUACCAGUUUCGAAUAAAUUAAUAUUGUUUUCAGUUUAAAUUUGUCAAAAUUUAUUUCACGAAUUUGUUUCAUGCUAACCGAUAAUUAAAUUUUUAUGACAAAUAAUAAUUACUGUCUAACUUGACUAUAUGACUUAAG